GCAGCCCUGGAAAUUUAUUGAUCACCAACGCUGAGUUAUUAUUGUGUGUGUUAAGGUCCUUGUGUGUUUAGCAUCGCAGUCAACAAUUAUUUUGCAAGUGUCAAGACGCACAACACUAGCGUUGAAAGUAAGGCGUUCGCCAUGGCGACACCAUCUAAUGGCAAUGGAAAUUUGGUGGAAGAUUUCGAAGAGUCGUUUCAGGCAUGUCUGAACGUGCUGACAAAGCAGGAGACGUCUCCGUGUGUUGAGAAGGAGGAGGUGAGAGUGGAGGUGGAGCGGUUCAUUGACCUCGCCAGGCUGAUGGAGGCUUUCUUUCUACAGAAAAGAUUCCUGCUAUCAGCAAUGAAACCCGAGCUUCUGGUUAAAGAAGACAACAACGAGCUGAAAUGUGAACUCCAGAGGAAGGAGGAGCUGCUGAGGCGGCAUUCAGAUAAGAUAUCUCAGUGGCAGAAUUUGCUGGCAGACUUGCAGGGCCACACGUUGUACAACAAGUGCCAACAACAGCCCCCGGCCCCGGCCCUCCAACAGGCCGCCUCCCCCAUGCCGCAGCCCUGUAGUGUCCAACAGAGCGUUCAGGCCCAACAGAUGGCGGCAGCGGCCCAGCAGGCCGCUCUGCAGCAGCAGAUGCAGAGCAGCUUGGCCCAGGGUAUGUUCUUGGCUGGAGGUCGCGGCGGCUACGCCGGUGCGGCGCUCCAGGGACCCCUGGCGUACCUUGAAAAGACUGCCACUAAUAUAGAUAUGGUGGGUCUUGGAGACGGGCGGAGGUGACGCGGCCGGGGGAGGGGCAGGGGCCGGGGCCGCGGCAGAGGCCGAGGCCGCGGUGCGUCCCCUGAAUACGGCGGCAGUAUGACUCCCCCGUAGCGGACCCUCCCGGCGACCUCACACACCCCGCACGGAUAUCACAUUGAUUUAUUUUCGUAAUAUCAUACGAAAAAUCAGACACGUCACUGUUGAGACGAACAUUUGUGUUUUUCAUACGUUUCGGUUGAAGAUUUUCGUGUUUUGUGGGUGAAAAGACAUUUAUAGCUUAAUAAUAGUAUAAAAAU